GUAAGCUGCAUAUGAGGUCAGAAUUUCUUAUUGUUGGUGAAAAGCAUUUCUCUCCUUACUGAAACGUGAUUUUUUUAAAUUGCUUAAGAAAACUUGUCAUCUUUGGUCCAGACAGGGAUUGUCAGUUCCAUAUGUUCUUUAGUGGUUUGUCAGACAGUAAUUUUCGCUUGUGAUGUAUUUACUUCUGGUUUGUAAAAGAACAAGAAUUGAUGGGGAAGAAGAAGAAUUUGACGAACUUAGCUUCUUUUGCACACUUUUUCAUUUUGGAAGGAUAAGGGGAUUUACUUUUUUUCUUUGUUUUGCAAAUGUUUUGCAGUAGUAUACAAGAACAUUUGUAAGAAGAAAGAAACAUUUCGAUCAAGAAAGGGCUUUUGAGAUGAGAGUUUAAUUUGUCACAGUAUUAAAUUAUAAAGGGCAUCAUCACCCAUGGUAAGUUUUGUGAUGGUGUCUUUUUAUGAACACUGGAAGAAUGCAAGCAUACACAUACAUAAUUUUAAAUCAGUGUGCGAUAUGAAGUUUUUCAACUUUAGCCCCAACCCCCAUUUGCCUACAACUAGCUUAAUCAAGGGAAAGACUUUAAUGAAGAUACCACACUCUACAGUUUGUGGUGGAGCAAAGGGAGCUAACAUUGAGAAUAUUCAGGCACUGGGCUCGGACAGUGUCUUUAGCUUUUCUUCAAGUUUUUCACGGUGAAUUGUUGCGUGUCAAACUGGACAAGGUAUCCUAGUUGAAGUUUCACCAAGUGAAAAAUUAGAGUUUUCCAGAUUACUGAAAAGAAGGUGCUUUCAGAGCUGGAGAUGUGUGUAAGACUCCUGUGCCAGGGCUCAUAAACCAUCUUGAGGAUCCCACCAGGAUACCAUAUUAUGUUUAGUCGUCAUGUCUCCUUAGGCUCCUCUUGGCUGUGACAGUUUCUCAGACUUUCCUUGGGUUGAUGACCUUGUCAGUUUUGAGGAGAACUGAUCAGAUUUUCCCCUAGAUUUAGCAUCCGUUGAUGAUUCUUGCUUGAAGUAGUCUGUACUGUGAUGGCUGCAAAAUGAUUUUUCCAGCUCCAGCACUUUCUGCACAUUUACAAGUUGGAUUCCAGUAAAAUGACUGCAGUGUUGGAAGAUCAUUACUAUUGGAAGGCCGGUUAGCAUCCAUUUCCUAAGAGAAACUUGACCACCAUUUGCUCUGGCAUGGCGCAAAGCAGUCCACAGCUUGAUAUGCAGGUUCUCCUUGACCUCCGACAACGUUUCCCUGAGAUUCCAGAGGGUGUGGUGUCUCAAUGCAUGUUACAGAAUAACAACAAUCUUGAAGCCUGUUGCCGAGCCCUUUCACAGGAGAGUAGCAAAUACUUAUAUAUGGAAUACCAUAGUCCAGAUGACAACAGGAUGAAUAGAAAUCGCCUUUUGCAUAUUAACCUGGGUAUCCAUUCUCCUAGUAGCUACCACCCAGGAGAUGGAGCUCAACUUAAUGGUGGUCGAACACUGGUACAUAGCUCAAGUGAUGGACAUAUUGAUCCACAGCAUGCAGCGGGUAAACAGCUGAUAUGUUUAGUUCAGGAACCACACUCAGCUCCAGCUGUUGUGGCUGCUACUCCCAAUUACAAUCCAUUUUUUAUGAAUGAACAGAACAGAAGUGCAGCUACUCCUCCUUCACAGCCACCUCAACAGCCAUCUUCCAUGCAAACAGGAAUGACUCCAUCUGCUAUGCAAGGGCCUUCACCACCACCGCCUCCACCUCCUUCAUACAUGCACAUACCUCCGUAUAGUACAAAUCCAAUUACUGUUACAGUAUCCCAAAACCUACCUUCUGGACAGACUGUGCCAAGAGCUUUACAAAUUCUUCCACAAAUUCCAAGCAGUCUCUAUGGGUCUCCUGGUUCUAUUUACAUUAGACAGACAUCUCAGAGUUCACCAGGAAGACAAACUCCUCAGAGUACACCAUGGCAGUCCUCACCACAGGGCCCAGUGACUCAUUAUAGCCAACGUCCUUUACCUGUUUAUCCGCAUCAACAGAACUAUCAGCCUCCUCAGUAUUCUCCCAAACAACAGCAGAUUCCUCAAGCUGCUUACCAUUCACCACCUCCUUCUCAAUGUCCUUCACCCUUCAGCUCUCCACAGCAUCAAGUGCAACCUUCCCAGUUGGGCCACCCAAGUUCCCAUGUCUUUAUGCCACCUAGUCCUUCAACUACUCCACCCCAUCCGUAUCAACAAGGACCUCCUAGCUAUCAGAAACAGGGAAGCCAUUCAGUAGCCUAUCUGCCAUACACAACAUCUAGCUUACCCAAAGGAUCCAUGAAGAAGAUAGAAAUUACUGUUGAACCUUCUCAAAGACCUGGGACAGCAAUUAAUAGGAGUCCUUCACCUAUCAGUAAUCAACCGUCUCCACGGAAUCAGCACUCUCUGUACACAGCCACCACGCCACCUUCAAGUUCUCCUUCAAGAGGGAUAUCCACUCAACCAAAACCUCCAUUUAGUGUUAAUCCUGUGUAUAUUACAUAUACACAGCCAACUGGACCUUCAUGCGCUCCAUCACCAUCUCCUCGGGUGAUGCCAAACCCAACUACAGUUUUUAAAAUUACUGUAGGUCGAGCAACGACUGAAAAUCUUUUAAAUUUAGUGGACCAAGAAGAGCGUUCUGCGGCCCCAGAACCUAUUCAGCCCAUUUCAGUGAUACCAGGCUCUGGGGGAGAAAAGGGAAGCCAUAAAUAUCAGAGGAGUUCUAGUUCUGGAUCAGAUGACUAUGCCUAUACACAAGCCUUGCUGUUACAUCAGCGAGCAAGGAUGGAGAGGUUAGCAAAGCAAUUGAAACUUGAGAAAGAGGAGCUAGAGCGAUUGAAGGCUGAAGUGAACGGUAUGGAGCAUGACUUGAUGCAGAGACGGCUCAGAAGGGUCAGCUGCACCACUGCAAUCCCAACGCCUGAGGAAAUGACAAGAUUGAGAAGCAUGAACAGACAACUCCAGAUAAAUGUUGACUGUACACUGAAAGAAGUUGACCUCCUUCAAUCUAGAGGAAACUUUGAUCCAAAAGCCAUGAAUAAUUUUUAUGACAACAUAGAACCUGGCCCAGUUGUACCACCCAAGCCAUCUAAAAAAGACUCGUCAGACCCCUGCACAAUUGAGAGGAAAGCCCGAAGAAUUAGCGUGACCUCCAAAGUACAGGCGGACGUCCAUGACACCCAGGCAGUAGCUGCAGAUGAGCAUCUAACUGGCUCCAAACAGAGUCCUCGGACACAACCUCGAGAUGAAGACUAUGAAGGGGCUCCAUGGAAUUGUGAUAGUUGCACCUUUCUGAACCACCCAGCACUAAAUCGCUGUGAGCAGUGUGAGAUGCCACGGUACACUUGAAUUCGGAAGAGUCUGCACCAGGUUGAGAGUGAAACUUUGAGCACCCGUUAGAAGAAAAGGAAACCCCGGGAAUCUGUUCGGCCUUUUCAUUUCAGAUUACAUGGUGGGGGGAGGAGGAAUGACACUGUAGCCGCUUGUGUUCGUUCACUAAAGGAAAAAUGGGGAGGGUUUUUUUUUCCUUUCUUAACUCAUUGCAGAGUGAGAGAUACUUGAAACUGGGAAAGGAUUCACUCCUGAAAGAAUGUACACAGAGAAGCCAAGAGCUCUUCUGUGGAAUCCUAAAUGUUAAAGUUACUGCUGAGUGACCCUUACUUUUUAAACUAGAACUCUGAAUCACAGUGUGACAUGUUACAAUUGAUGCAAACAAGCUGUGAAUUCCCAGAGCAGACUUACCUGGUCACAGCUCUCUGGAAAACAAAGGCUCCCCUUGCUUCUUCCCAUUGUUUCCUACUGAAGAGAAGGACAGGAGAAAGCACCCAGGAUAUGGGUGUGUUUUUUUUUUUUUCUGCAAAAUUAUAAGGGUAUUUGUAAUUGCUGCUUUUUUCAGGGGUAAUUUCAAACACACAAACAAGAUGUUUUAAAAUGUGAUUUGUAGCAGUCAGGAAUUAGGCAUAUGGUGCCCUUUAUUUGAAAGUACAAUCAGAGGUGAUAAGAUCCCUUUUGCUUGUACAAUGAUUCGUCAAGCUAUAUCAACACUGGUAACUAAGACCUAAUUACGCCACAUAAUAGAUAUAUUUUUUAAGUUACUGCAUGCUUUUAUUAGGCCAUUGGUUUUAAAAAUAACAAACAAGUCCUUACAAAGUAUGAUUUUAUGAAGGACCUUCUCGUAAAACUGCGCUUUGCCAAUAGCACAGUGAAUGUAUGCCAAAUGUAAAUCUAUUCCAAAAUCCAUUUGGAAAUCUUGAGCUCAGCUGUGGUUCUAUAGUGUAGUCCAUAGGGCCUCUUUUUUCCCCUCUUUCCAAUUUUGUGAUAAAUUCAUGAUGUUUACAGCACAGAUAAUACUUUGUGCCAUAAUUCUAACUUAGCUGAAAAAAAAGUUACCUGUUCAAUCAAGAUUUAUUUGCAUGUAUGUUAAUAAGCCAGUGUGAGGGAAAUUACAGUUGGCCAAUAUCAUAAAGCUGCACACUGCGUUAUUUGGGGAGGAAGAGAAGGCUAGUCAAGAAAUAAAAAGAAAGGUGACUACAAAGGACUUUGAAACUAAGAACUUUUAAAAUUUAACAUACCGUGUUCAGAGAUAAUACUGAGUUCCUUCAAGUAGUUCAGGUGAUAAGAAAGCACUCCUUAUUUACGAAACCAGAACUUUAGGGUGUGAAUAACUGAAGAGAUAUAAAAUCGUAUGACUCACUAGGGUGCAACACUGGAAAAUUAUUAAUAGAACAUUUAAUUAAGGUCUCUACCAUGGUUGAAUUUCCUUUCUAGCUCAGAAUUGGAUUUUGGAAUCUUCCCCUUAUUUGGGUGAAUACAAACAGCAAUAAAAUUGGUAGGUUUUCUGAUCCUAAAGGAUUUUACCUGAUAUGACCUUAGGAAUAUCCACUCUCCCAUACCAGCUGCCCCCGCUAUACACACACACACUCUUCAAGCUGUCAUUGUAUUCUAAUUUAGCAGUAAUCUCUGGCAGACUUGGAAAAACAAGCUGCACUUAAUAGCAUAACGAAACCAAAGGCAUAAUAACUCAUCAUAGUUUUCCAUCAAAAUCAUAAUUUCACACUCUACCUACAACCUUGAAACAUUUUAUCAUAUGUGGAAAAUUCUCAAAAAUAUCCACUUGUCUCACAGAGUAAGCAUGGCUAUGUAAUUACACUGAUAAAACAUCUCUCAUGCAACAACUGUGGCAAAACUGAAAAUAAUGGUGAGAAAGCAGAUGGGCUUAAAAGCAUUACCCUGAAAACAGCAUUCUUUAAAGGCUUUUGUAACACUGGUGUCUGUCAGUCUCCAGUAACAGUCUGUCAGUCCUACUAUUCUAUAAUAUGCCAAUACCUUUGUCUUUGUAUGGUUUCAUAUCUCUUUAGUGAUGGUCAACCCCACUUGGUAUUAAGUAACAAUUUAGGGGAAAAAUAUAUAUACUGCUUGGUGUUCUAGCUAAAGGUUUACCAGUAUUCUUAGUGAUAUGCUGAAGUGGCAGCAAUUAACUUGGCAGUUGUCAGUUGAGAAUGAAAGUAGCAUGUAUGAAAACAGUUUGAUGCUUUAUUAAAACCAUGUAGAUGACUUUUAAACUAUUGCAUGACCAUCCAUCCAGGUUACUAAGCUGUUAUCAUACAGUAGAUGCAUGGUUCCACUCCUUUGGUGAUAUAUCUAGUAAAUCAUUGUUUUCACCUGCCAGGAAAAUGAGAAACCAGUCUAUUUGAUAGGUGUAGAGGGUGGGGUAUGAGACAUCAGAGACUGAUUUUAAGGAAGUUUUGUAUGUGUUCAUUUCUGGUUGUGCACAAGUUUCAUACACCAACAGAGGCUAUAUUCAGUUUUUAAAAUAAGCAAAAUUAUUUGGAGCUGAUAAAUUUGAUAUAGUUAACUGUGUCUCAUAUAUAGACUACUUCCUGCCUAUGACCAGUUUGAAUAAGAAUUCAGUCACCUUUCAAGGUGCCUUUUCAAAAGGAUCUCCCAGUCGGAUUGAUAAGUACAGACAAUUGGCAUUUAAGUGGUAGGGUAUAAAUUGGAUGAUGCCUGCCUGCUGAGGUGCGUAUGCUCUUUGGAUCAGUUGUUGUACUUCCUGUUUCUAGUAAAAAAUUUUUUUCUUAAAAUAUGACUAGUUUGAUGUAUUUGGUAACACAUAGACCUGACUCCACAUUUUACAUUAUUUCACUGUUUUGUAAACUGGGUUUUUAGAAAGCAUAUUUGCCAUUUUGUUGAAGUACAUUGCCCCUUAAAUUUUGGAGUAGGUCUUAAAAGUUUAAAGUGGUAAUAGAGGAGCCAGAAACUUUCUAAGCAUUGUAAAAUGUUUCAAAUUGGUAGUGACCUUGUUUGGGAGAGUCUAGAGGGGGGAGUUUUAAAGAAACAAAAGAAAUGCAUUGUAAAAAAAAAAAAGGUAGUUUUAGAGCAGAUUAAUGAUGGUGGGGAAAGUGUUGUUAAUUUGUUUAUUUCCCUGAAAGAAAUGGAAAGUGUGAUGAGCAGUUUAAUAAUUUUUAAGGAGCUGGUCUCAAUUUUAGUACUUUUUAAUUAUUAAAAGAAAUAAAUGUUUCCUUAUAUCUUGUCAUUGCUUUUCCCAGUUAUCUAGGGUUUGUAUCCAACUUUCUGUGGCAACUCAAUUUUAUAUAGUACUUUGAAAGGUAAUUCUAAGGUCUUUGACAGUAUAAACAAAAAGCAAGAAGAUAAGGCAUAAAAAACGAUGUAUCCUGGAAUGUGAAGAUGUCCCUUUAUAGUUAAAGUUGAUUUAUUUUAAUAUUGUAAUUGUUGUUCAGACUUUGAAUGAGUCCAUGUUACAGUGUGUCUGUAUAUCUGUAGGGAAAGAAAAAUGACAAUUGAAAUAUUACUUUACAAAAUCAGAAUAAAUUGGGCACUGUCUUGUUGCACCACUACUGUAUCUUUUUGAAAGAAUUAACAGUAUUUUCUUAUUGUAAAAGUUAAUUCUGAUGACAUUUUCACAUUCACCAGACAUGCAUUUUUUUUCUGUAUUAUUUGCAUCCCCAAAUAUUUAAUACAAGUAGAUUUUGCAUGGCUUGGGCAUUCAGAGAUGAAUAGAAUGAUGACUCAAUUUUAGUUUCUAAAGCCAUGAAACAUUGCUUUGAGACUGAACAAUUCUGAAUUCUUAUUUAUAAUGACAUCCAAUGUCCAUGUCUCUCUACUGUAAAAGAAUUGAUCAGUUUCUUCAUUAAAACAGCAAGAACUUAUUAAAUCUUGUAAAUACCAGUCUCUUUUAGAUUUCUGUGUAUGCUGUGAAUCAAAUUAUUUUGAGGUGGAAUUGUACAAAGGCAUUUUAAAAGGCUAUGCAUGCAUCGUACCUCCAAACAGUACAUAUUCGGAAAGUCAAAGAUUCCUGCAAAAUAAAUUAAUAAACUAAAAGCAAACACUA